GUCUACGCGUUCUACUACGCGUGGUACCAGAGCCCCGCCGUCGACGGUCGCUGGGCCCACUGGAACCACGAGCACCUGCCGCACUGGGACGCGGCCGUGCGGCGGCGCUACCCGCCCUUCACGCACGACCCGGACCGAAACGACGUCGGCGCGGCGUUCUUCCCGCGGCUCGGCGCGUACUCGAGCGCCGACGGCGCGGUCAUCGACGCCCACUUCGCCCAGAUGGCCGCGGCGCGCGUCGGCGUCGCCGUCGUGUCCUGGUACCCGCCGGGCAAGCGCGACCCGAACGGGCCCGAGGUCGACGGCCUGGUCGGCCGCCUCCUCGACGCGGCCCUCGCGCGCGGCCUCGCGCUCUGCCUCCACCUCGAGCCCUGGGAGGGCCGCACGGCCGCCGCGCAGCUCGCGGACGUCGCCUACGCCGUCGAGCGCUACGGCGGGCACGCCGCGUACCACCGCGUCGACGGCCGACCCGCGUUCUUCGCCUACGACUCGUACCAGAUCGCCGCCGCGGACUGGCGGGCGGCGCGGCGGGCGGCGGACGACGGCGCCUGGCUCGUCGGCCUCGUGCUCGACGCGGCGCAGCUCGACGCCUACGUCGGCAACGGCGGCUUCGACGCGGCCUACUCGUACUUUGGCGCCGCGCGGUUCACCCAGGCGUCGACGCCCGACCGGUGGCCGGCGCUCGUCGCCGCCGCCGCGCGGCGCGGCGGGAGCUUCGUGCCCUGCGUGAGCCCGGGCUACGACGACACGCGCGUGCGGCCCUGGAACGGCGCGAACGCGAGGAGCCGCGACGGCGGCGCGUACUACGACGACGAGUGGCGCGCGGCGGUCGCGAGCGGCGCGCGCCGCGUCGCCGUGACGUCCUUCAACGAGUGGCACGAGGGCACGCAGAUCGAGGCCGCGGUGCCCGCGGCGCCGGACCGGGACGGCGUCCCGGCCUACGCGGACUACGCGCCCGGCGGCGCCGACUUCUACCUCGCGAGGACGGCGGCCUGG